UCUCACCACGAUGUGACGUCAUAGCAACGCUGAACGUCCAUUGGUCAGAGCAGUGACUCUGCUCGCCCAUUGGUCAGAUCAGACUAAGCACUACGAAUAUUCCGGCGGGAUUCCGGGCGUCCUCUCUCUCGGCGACCGCGGCGGGUGUGGACGUGCCGGCCCGAGCUCCGCUGUCGGUCGUCUUGGGAGCUGAAAGGUGACCGUCUGCACAGUGCGAAGAACCUGGUCCAAGCAAGAGAGGAGCUGGUGGUGGUUCCGGUGAAUUCAGGCGCAAGAUGCUGAGAUCAGGUGACCGCUUCAAAUCCUUUUCCGAGCUCGACGCGAAAGUCAAAGAAAUUGAAAGGUCAACGUAUGCUGAAUUUUUCAAAGAAAAGACGUCCCUAUUGAGCACCUUUAUUAGGUCUACACCCAACCAUUGCGUGAGCAAAGCGCUGAACGGCCGAACUGAUUUAGACGACAUCGUGGCCACGCUCAAAUACCGAUCUUUGACCUAUCUGUGUGGUGUGGGCGGCCGAGGUCCGGUGCCAAAAGAUCGCAGGCGGACCACUCGAUCCAAAAAGGGUACUUGUCGGUCUGGAUUUAAGGUCGUUCUGGACGCCAGCGAGUUAGACCUGGUCGUCACUAGUGUCCAUCUUGAGCAUGAUCACGACACGUCCGAAGCUGCCUUCCUCCUCAUGUCCAAAAACCGUCGGCUCCCGAGCGACCUUAAGGACGUCGUUCGCAAACAUGUCUCUCUAGGCGCAAACAAGAGGCGCAUCCGUGACAUGCUAAAAAACGAGUUUGGCAAACAUGUCACUCGUGAUGAUUUGAACAACGUUGUGAGGAAGGCUGGCGCCGUGCGUGACGAUGUUGGUGCCCAGGUGGAAAUGCUCGAGCGGCAUGGAUUUUCGACCUCGGUUGUGCAGGACGAGUUUGCUGGCGUGGUUUGUGGUAUCUUUUUCCAGGACGAGGAAAUGCGGAGGACUUUCCGUGAGUUCCCGGAUCUGCUUCUGCUGGACGCCACCUACAAGAUGAUCGACAACCGAGCUCCAGUCUUCACCAUCCUGGGUGUCGACUCUAUGGGUUUGGGCGUUCCGCUCGCUGUGUUCAUCGUGACGGAGGAAACGGCUGCCAUGAUCGGCUCCAUGCUGGAAAUCUUCAAGCAAAAAAAUGUCGACGCAGCUUCUCAAACGAAGGUCUGGCUGACAGACAAGGACGCGGCGGAGCGAAGUGCCAUCCGGGAACAGUUCCCGGGGACGCGACAGUUCAUCUGCACGUUCCACGUGCUCCAGGCGUUCCGUCGGGAGGUCCAGCCCCUGCUGAAGGGCCACUCUCGCGAAGAGCGGGACGAUCUUCUCCGGACGCUGGAGGGACUCGCCUACGCCAGCUCGGAAGAAGACUACUGGCGUAUCCGGGAAAGUAUCGAGGGAAGGGUGGAUCGCUAUCUCAGGGACAACUGGGAUGCGAUCCGCAGCGAAUGGGUGCGGGGCCUGGCCGGGGGACACAUGGCGGGUGUGUACACAAACAACCACCUCGAGUCGCUCCAUGCCAAACUGAAAGCCGUCAACAACCCUCACGACUCAUUCGAGAAGUUUGUGGAGGGUUACAAGGUCGUCCUGAGUGCGAUCAGGACGGAGAGGAAUAAAAAAAUCUUCUCCGAAACUCAAAAACGUCCAACUCACCUGCAUCACGGUGAUCUAGGCGAUGUUCAAAAAACUGUGACUACCCUAGCCUUCGAUUUAAUCAAAGAGCAGCUGGAGGUGGUCGAGCGUGGCGAACACGACGCCAUGGGUCAGUGCGAUGACCUUACCUGUGACUGUGCGUUCUUCCGCCAGUACACCCUGCCCUGCCAGCACAUCAUUGCACACCGGCGUGCGCAGUCGAUCGCGCCUUUGUUUUCGAACGAGGUGCUCCCGGAGAGGUGGCGCCUGUCAUUCCUGUCCCGCCACCUGCAGGCCCAGGUGCUGCCAGCGCCGCCACCCCAGGAUGUCGACCUGCGCAGCCUGCCUCGCCGGGAGCGCCCUCGGACGGAAAACGAGCGUUUCCGGGAGUUGCGCAAUGUCACGCAGCUCAUCGCGUCAGCGGGGGCAGAGUGUACUGGCGAACAAUAUAAUGACCUCUACGCUUCUCUCCGACAGGUGCUAGACUGUGUGCGGCGGGGCCAGGCCUUCUGCGUGGUUAGCCAGGUGGAGGGCAUGGUCUCGGACGCCGAGCUGAUCCAACCAGCCGAGGAUGCGGGCCAUGAUGAUUUGGACAUGGACUUUUCGCAGGGUGGUGGUGCCGGUGUGCUUGCACCAGAUGGCCAGGAAGAAGACGGCGCGACUCCGGCUGAAUCGUUCGUGUCUCCGGUCAUCGGACGGUUCGUGUCGCCGAUCGUUGGACGCCGGCCAGCUGUGCGGGUGCCUGGCGUGGCCGGUGUAGCCCGGCUGCCACCAGUGCAUGUGGAGCCUGUGCCCAGUCCAGCCCCGUCCAGGGAGACCCCCAGCACCCACUCAGUGCAGUUCGUCGCCGAAGACGAGCGUCGGCUCAGUCCCAGUCUCCAGGUCGCCAGUUCGUCUGGCAUGCCUCAGUAUCGUCCGGUUCGUCCAGAUAGGCAAAUGCCCAACUUUGUGCUCAUGCCCGAUCUGUCCCCCCUCGCUGAUCGUGAUCGCCGUCCGGCCAGGCAAAUGCCAAACUUUAAGCUGACUAUGCCUGGCAUGUCCCCUCUGUCAGACCAUGAGUACGCCCAAAGCCCCGACCGCCCUUCCCAGCCGUCCACUCCACAGGUCUCAGCUCGCAGAUUGAGCCCAGUGGAUGAGGAGGAAGAGGACGCUUAUGACUGGUUGGAACCUACCCCCAGGACAUCGGGAGCGGCAGUGUGGCCCAGAAGGAACAUCUGGCCAGCCGAUGGUGGUUCCGUGGCUGGCUCUCUUCCUCCUGUUCCAGGUUACUCGAAUCCCGGAGCAACUGGAGAUCUGUCGGGCCUGCGGAUGCCGAUGCGCAUCAAAGCGCGCGGUCGUCCCAAGGGAUCUCGGAAGACCGUGGUGGGCGCCAGGCGAAGAAGCCCCUUAUAACAGUACAAAGAAGAAAAAGAAAAAACUGCACGGAGGACAACUGAGUUCCGCCUGGUGGAGCGUCUUCCGCCGCUAGUCAAGUACACUGUCCAAGAGCAACGAGCCUGGCAACCGCGGCGUCCUGGACAGUGUACGAUGUACAUAUGUGUAUAAAUUAAGACACUAGGUGAAGCCUAGGAAGACGGACACCUCACAACUUCAGUUUCAGGAACCCGACAAUGUGCAGCUGUGCAAUAUUUGGUAGUAGUCUGCAAGCUGUAAACUAUCUGAGAUAAUCUUUUAGUGCAUAUUAGUUAUCAUCCUAUAAGACGCUCCGUCGUUGUAGUUUCCAUGAUGUGCUCUCCGCGGUAGUUAUUUCGUUGGCUCUGUGUUCUUGUUCACUAUUUCGAUGUAACCCCUGUGCUGUGAUCAGGCCAGUAUUAUCUGCUUCUGUUGUGUUCUCGAUACCCGGGUAGCCAGGUUUUCUGUAUUAUAUGCUGAGCUGAUGUGUAAUCUAGUCAAAACAUCUCGCCUACGACGAUCUAAAUAUCGACCUAUGCGCCAAGAAUGGCGUGCGUCAGUAUACUCACAUGAUCUCGCUGUCUUGAUAUUACUGUGUAUAUAUGUGCGCGUUGUGGAGAUGUAAAAUACCUGUGAUGAUUCUGUGCCAAGUCAAGAAAUACGUUCUUUUAUCA